ACAUGUUUUAUUUCCGGUGGUGCUCCAUACCCGGGUAAACACCACAGGCGAGGGUCCUCCCGAGGGCAGCCCACCUUUAACGGAUCCGUUCUCCGGGGUUAAUCAGGUGCUGUGCUGCUGUCUUUGGUUCACCAUGGCCCAGAACCAGGUGAUCUUGCAGUUCCGCUUUGCCACAUUCGGUGACUCCAUGUUGCAGAAAAUGAACCUCCUGCGACACCAGCGACGCUUCUGCGAUGUCACCGUGCGCAUCAACCAGCUGGAGGUCCCCGGUCACAAAGUGGUGUUCGCCGCCGGCUCGUCCUUUCUGAGGGACCAGUUCAUCCUGCAGCAGGACUCACGGGAGGUCCAGAUCUCCAUGAUCCAGGAGGCGGAGGUCGGCCGGCAGCUGCUGCUCUCCUGCUACACGGGUCAGCUGGAGUUCCCAGAGCUGGAGCUGGUGCAUUACCUGACGGUCGCCAGCUUCCUCCAGAUGGGCCACAUCGUGGAGCAGUGCACUCAGGCCCUCAGCAAGUUCAUCAAGCCUCUGCCCGCGCGCCCGCUAGAUGUGGACGAGGACAUGAGGAGCGAGAGGCGGGAGGACGGUUCAUCCUCUCAGACCGAGAGUGAGCAAGGGCGCUCCACUGUACGGACCGACCUCCAGGAGGACGAGGAGCAGGUGGAGGACAACAAUAACGUGGACGAAGAGGAGGACAACUAUGAUGAUGACGACGAUGAUGUCAUCAUACAGCCUUAUUCACCUCCUCAGAUGUUAAGCAGGCGUCCCAGGCAGGAAGUGGUGGAAAGUGACAUCACUAUAGUGAAAGUGGAGUCUGUGUCUGAUGCAGCAGAGAACUCUAUCAGCGGGCAUUUCCCCGCCAGCCCCCCUGCUGCCCUCCACUCCCCCGAGCCCCAGCACUCCCUCAUCAACUCCACCGUGGACAGUCGCGGCAGUGAGAUGGUGGCACUGCCCGGCGUGUCCGGAUACCCGCUGAGCCCCCCUCCUCCUUCUUCCCCUCCCGCAGAAAAGCACCAGAGGAACUACGACAAACCCCUCCAGUGGUACCACCAGUGCCCCAAAUGCGCCCGCGUCUUCCGCCAGCUGGAGAACUACGCCAACCACCUGAAGAUGCACAAGCUGUUCAUGUGCCUGCUGUGCGGGAAGACCUUCACGCAGAAGGGCAACCUGCACAGACACAUGCGCGUGCACGCCGGCAUCAAACCCUUCCAGUGUAAGAUCUGCGGGAAGACCUUCACCCAGAAGUGUUCCCUGCUGGACCACCUGAACCUGCACAGCGGGGACAAGCCGCACCGCUGCAACUACUGCGAGAUGGUGUUCGCUCACAAGCCCGUUCUCCGGAAGCACCUCAAGCAGAUCCACGGGAAGAACAGCUUCGACAACGCCAACGAAGGCACCCUGCAUGACGGAGGGGUCGACUUUGACUUUGGACGAAUAUAAAAAAAUCUCUGGACCUUUUUAUUUAAUUUUUUUAAGUAGCUCUCUUUGGAUGCCUUUUAGUUAUUUAAACGAGCAUGAUGCAGACAUGACUCCACUGAGUCACCUUAAAGUUAUCAGUUCAAAAAGCUUAGAGACUGUUACUGUGUGUGUGUGUGUGUGUGUGUGUGUGUGUGUGUGUGUGUGUGUGUGUGUGUGUGUGUGUGUG